AUGGAACUUCCGGUGACAAAACUACGAAUAGGACUAGUGAUCUUCCCUCUUAUCCUACUUACAAUAGCUCCAAUCCUCUUUCUUCUUUUUGGUUAUCCUCUCUAUUAUUCAUCAUCAUCAUCUAUAUACAAACGUUUAACAACUUCAUCAUCGGAGACACCUUUGCCAUUGCCUUCCUCUAACCGUUCAUUACCACUACUAGCAUCAUCAUCGGAUCAUGAUGAGACAUUAUCUUCCGAACCAUCGUUGGAUGAUAACGAUUAUGACGACACGUAUCAUGGUCUCAAGCCACCAUCACCUUUGCAUAACAAUAUUUCCAUCUCAUCAUCAAAUGUUGAUCAUCAAGAAAAGGAGCAUCGACGGAAAAAGAGGAAGGCCAAGAAAUGCGAUCUGUUCACCGGUGAGUGGGUUCCAAACCAUGAAGCUCCUUACUACACGAACACGACAUGCUGGGCGAUACACGAACACCAAAACUGCAUGAAAUAUGGAAGACCUGAUUUAGGUUUUUUGAAAUGGAGAUGGAAACCGAAACAGUGUGAUCUCCCUUUGUUUGAUCCUUACGAGUUUCUUGAGAUCGUCAGAGGGAAAAACAUGGCGUUUGUUGGUGACUCCGUUAACAGAAACCACGUACAGUCUUUGAUCUGCCUACUGUCUCAGGUAGAAGAUCCCGAGGAUGAUUCACGACAACAAGACUUCGACUUUAACUUCCAAAGAUGGAAAUACAAAACGUACAACUUCACAAUUGCCACCUUUUGGACAACUCAUUUGGUUCGGUCCGAAGAAAACGGUCCAGCCGGUCCUAACUCGUUCUACAAUCUCUACCUCGACGAACCGGACCCUUCUUGGGCUUCUCAAGUCGCCGAGUUCGAUUACAUCAUCAUUUCCUCUGGUCAAUGGUUUUUUCGACCACUCUUCCUUUAUGACAAACAAAAAAUGAUAGGAUGCCUGUAUUGUUACAUUCCCGGGGUCAGAAAUGUCGGGGCACAUUUUGCGUAUAGAAGAGCAUUAAGAACAACGUUUAAGACAAUCAUAGGAUUAGAGAAUUUUAAAGGAGAGGUGUUUCUAAGGACAUUUGCACCUUCACACUUUGAGCAAGGAGAAUGGGAUAAAGGUGGUAAUUGCCUGAGAACUCGACCUUUUAGGAGCAAUGAGACAGAGUUGGAAGGCAUGGAUCUAGAGACACACACCAUUCAACUUGAUGAAUUUCGCAUUGCGAAAAGAGAUAGAAACAAAAGUAACGGAUUAAAUUUGAGAUUACUAGAUGUAACACAAAUGAUGUUGUUAAGACCAGAUGGACAUCCUAGCAGAUUUGGACAUAAACCGGAAGAUAAAGUUAUAUUAUACAAUGAUUGUGUACAUUGGUGUUUACCAGGUCCUAUAGAUUCAUGGAACGAUAUUUUACUCGAGAUGUUGCAACUAGAGAUUUAG